CAUGCCCCUCUUUGCCUUGUGCUCUAAUGAGCGCGCGCGGAGGGGGGGCGUUGUUAGCGGAGCCCGGCGCUGCUUCUCGCGUUCCCCCCCCCGCCUACCCACCGCAGGAGGUGCGGAGACGAGAGAAGACGGGGUGUCUGUCUAACGGAGAAGAAGCUGGAAGGCUUUCCCGGUCUUUUUGCAGAUUCCCCUGGAGAAGUUUCCCUAAAACAGCCCCGCGGUGUCGACCAGAAUGGAGUGGCUGAACUGCUCGCCCGAAAGCGCAGGGAGCCCGCGCCGGAGGGUGAACUCGGAGCGUCUGCCCGGCUCUGCUUCAAGCGUCCGCCUUGGAGGAAGCGAAGAAAGCAGCGUCUUGUCUAAUGAACAGUCUCCCAAAGAAUCCCCUGUGGAAAAUCUGGAUGGUGUUCUGGAUCACUGUUUUAAACAAUUCAAGCUCAGAGAGGCACAUCCACACUUUUUUCUAAAAGUGAAAGGAAAUAGAUUUGGCCCACCCAGAUCGAGACGUCGCAUUCUUAUUGCCCCUCCCAUGAGAGGAGGGACUCCUGGGUUGCCCCAAUCUUGGCCAUCAGUGCCUUCCGGUCCAGAGGAGAAGAAAGUUCUACGUUUGGAAACAACACCUGAGGCAGAGGAUAAAACUUCUAAAGAGGAGGAGGAUAUGCAAGAAUUGGAGGCUUGGAUUGAGGAGAGGAAGAAGUUGCAGGAUUUGCUGAAAAACUGUGUCAGUCUUGAGGAGUGGUUGACAGCAAAGCAACCCAUCAGCCAGCUGGAAGUAAACGUCUUGGGCAGAAUAAGAGAAAACCGAGAAGCAAAAACGGCUAAUGCAGAAGCCAAGUUAGCUGCUGUUAGUAGCAUUGAGCAUCUGAUGCCAAAGAGAGCCAAGAAGAGAAUUGUUCCUCUUAUCCACGCACCGUAUCCCGAAUCCCUCAUCACUCUGCAGAUGCUCCUACAUAAGCAGAAACUUAAGCUUGUGGAUCUUUUCAACAAAGCUGACAGGAGCAAGUCAAUGAAGUUCAAGAGAGCCGACUUCAUUAGAAUUAUCGAAGCGACCAAGGUGCCUAUCAGUAAAAGUGACCUGGAAGACAUUAUCCUUUUCCUCACAACGUCAACCAAAGGGAAUUAUAUCACCAGCGAUGAUCUGGCAGAGUGUCAGAGAAUAUGGGCGGACAAGAUAAGAGAUCAGUGGAAGAACACGAAAGAGUCCAAGCCAGACAGGAAAGAAUUACCCCUUGGCGGCCCCAAAGCAGCUUCGGUUUCUACAAAGAGGGUCUCCUCUGGCCAGAACAAGGCCAAAGAGCUUCCUGUUCACAUUGACUGUUUGCAAGUUCCUCCUCCCAACACGGAGCCAGAGUGCGUGCAUCUCACGUAUAAUCAGAUGGAGAUGGUUGGGAAAAGGUAUCGGGAAAUGAGGCGGCAAUUAAAGAGGAAGGUUGAUCCCCUAAGUUUUGCUGAACAGUGUCGAAUGGUGAAGACCGGAGACUUGGCAGUGGACGGUCAUUGCCUGCCAAGCACCAUGGAGGGUGAAGUGGGAGACCUAGUGGACCAUCACCGACUUGCUACCCACCUGGUCUACACUCAAUGUGUCAAGCUUUGUAAAAAAUACCAAGUUCCACUUACUGAGAAGGUGCUGAAGAGAGGUCUGCUGUACCCAGGAGACAGAAUCCUACGAGAAGGGAACAGCUUUCGGAAGAUAAGGCAGCCAGGGGGUUAUUAUAGUAAAUCCAUGGGCUCUGAAGAAGCCUCAGAAGAAGAAGAAUCUAGAGUCUCUUCCAGGGUUACAAAAAGGAAACCUCAGCCAAAGGCUGAAAAGAAACAGGUCAUAAAUGAGAAGACGAUGAAAUACCGCUGGCAGUCCUUUGAAGAAUUUAAGAAACUAAUGACAAACCGCUCCAAAAAGCUGCUUCCUCCUGUGGAUUUCUGGGUUGAUCCGUUCUACUAUGAUGACAUAUUCAAGACGCCAGAAGAAGUAUAUGAGGAAAGGCAGCUGAGGAAAAUGUUUGCUUUUCUGAAUCCAUUGACUGAUGCCAAUAGUUUCUGGCCAGGACAUCUUCUUGAUAAACUGCGUCUGUAUCUACCCCAGACACAGCGCCAUGCAGGAGAUGCUCUCUUCAGCCAUGUUUCUUGCACACGCCCUGUCUAUCCUGGUAUUUAUACUCCAGACCGCCACUGGCCAGUCAGCGACCGAGGAUAUGUGAUUUACGGGGAUCCAGAGUCCCGAAAGCAUCAUUAUUAUAUUUGACAGUAUUUUGCAGCUUUGGUCAGUCCUGACAUAUCAUGACUGGUUAGCUUUUCUUUUGGAUUUUCUGCAAUAAGCCGGCAUUCUAAAUGCACUAUUGUGAUCAAAAACAUGGUAAGAAAUCAGUCUGAAAAAUACAGUAUAUAGAGUAGCAUGGUUUGGUGAAAGGGGCUAUUUCAAUUAGUGACUGCUGCAUUUUGCAUAAGAGUGCCACAGAAUUCUCAAUGGUGGGACACUUAAUCUACAGUUUAUGGGAUUGCAGGAAUAGCUUUGCUGGCAGAGAAUGCUUGUACUGCUCUUUUUAAAAAGGAAGCUGAACUAUGGUACUAAAAGUAGGGUGUGUGCAACUUUUAUAGUAUGGCUGGGGAGCCCUGCAGUCCUCUGGAUCUUGCUGUAUUAUAGCGCCUGUAACUUCUUGUCAUCAGUAAAUGAUACUGAUAGGCACUGUAGCUCAACAACUGAUGAGUAUGGAAAGAUACCUUAGUGAUUGAAGACACUCCUUUCCUUCUAGAAGGUUCUAGUUCCAGACCUUGGGCACAUUCAUUUCAAAGGAAUUCAGAAUGUAGAAAGACGUAUGUUUGUGUGUUGUUCAUUUAAGCACUGAAAAGAUGGAAGUGACAAACUCUGGCUUCUGGUUUGGGACUCAGCCUGUUCUAGAAUGUGUUGUGGUCUCCCUAAAUGUUCCUUACCUGGAAGUAUUCCUUGCCCAUGCAUUGGAUUCCCUAAAUUCCUAGGUAGCAGCGCAGUGGUUGGAGCUGACUGUAUAUCUCAGAGGUUGGAAGUUUGAUUCCCCUCUGUGCCUUCUGGAAGAAGAGACAUCCUGUGUAACCCUGGACAACUGCACAGCCCGAAUGCCGCAGAGGAAGAGAAGGGGAAACUGUCACGAUCCCCACGUGGCCCCUGCUUGUUUCACCAAACUAAUA